AUGUUGUCCUUGAACAUUUCAUCAUACUCGAAACCAUCGGGGUACCGGGUUUCUGAGUUGGCCAAGCCGGAGCUCAGUGAUCCAAAAGAUGUGAUCAUUAAGGUUCAUGCGGCGAGCAUCAAUCCAAUCGACGUGAAGAAAGCCGAUGGGAUGCUGAAAUUGGCGGUGAAAGACUCCUUCCCGUACAAAAUCGGCUAUGACUGUGCCGGUAUAGUGAUGGAGGUUGGGUCGGAUGUAACGCGGUUCCAAGUCGGAGAUGAAGUCUAUACUAGACUACCGGAGAUUUCUCGAGGAUCCUGCAGUGAAUUUGUCAGAUGUGUAGAGAAAUACAUUGCCCUGAAGCCCCCAUCAUUAUCAUUCGAGGAUGCAGCUUCAAUUCCUCUGGCAGCAAUGACUGCACUUCAAGCACUCAGAAAAUACAAAGGAGAACUGGCUGGAAAGACCGUCCUUGUGCCCGCCGGCUUGAGUGGGACAGGUCUGUUUGCAUGCCAAUUGGCAAAGAAUGUCUUCCAUGCAGGCAAUGUCAUCACCACAGUUUCGACCUCAAAGGUGGAAAAGGUCAACGAGCUCCUAGGCGAAGGAACGGUGGAUGAGAUAAUUGACUACACGAAAUCUGACCCAAGACAGGUCAUCAAGUCUGGCUCUGUGGACUUCCUCUUCGACACAGUUGGUUCUGCAAUGGAGUACCUCUGCCUAAUGAAACCCAAAUCUGGACGUAUCGUGUCGGUUGCGACCAUGCCAUCGGGCAACCAGCUCCAGGAAUCCUCAAUGAACGAUCUGCCCAAUAAGCAGAACAUCCCCAUUGUUUUACGAAUGGCACUUAAUACUUUUGAUUCUGUCCGUAAACUGAGAGCAUGGCGGUAUGGUGUCGAGUAUUCAUAUAUGUUCCUGGAAUCGAGUGGUCAAGAUCUGGACGAGUUAAGAAAUCAUGUUGAGGAACACAGGUUGAGAACGGUGGUUGGAAAUAAUGUUGAGCUGUAUGAUAUUGAAGCAGUGCGAUCAGCGUGCCAGAUUGUUUACAGUGGGAAGGGAGGUCUCGGGAAGGUGGUUGUCAGAGUUGCUAAGUAG